AUGAGUGGACAAGCCGCCAGCUAUUACAACCCCAAUCAGGGCUUCGCCCCCCAGGGCGAUCAGCCCUACGAUCCCAACCACAAUGCCAACUAUCAACCCGUCGAUCCCAAGGCCCCUGCCCCUCCCCCCUACGCGCCAAACGCACCGAACGCGCCGCAGUCGGGCUACAAUUUCGAGGACGCGUUUAAGAUCGAGAAACCCAAGUUCAAUGAUCUGUGGGCCGGACUCCUGCUGAUCGCAGUUUUCCUGGGGUACGUGGCUGUGUCCGGGUUGACGAUCCACUCGUACGCGAGCCACAAGGGCUUCAGCGGUGGAGGCAUCUAUGAUGCGGCCAACGACUUCUCCCUCAACACCAACACGCUCGUGCUGUUUAUCUUUGUGCUCUGCGUCGCUCUCGUGCUUUCGUGGCUAUACUUUCUGGGCGCGCGCUACUUUACCAAGACUUUUAUCUGGGCCACCGGUAUCUUAAACAUCGUCUUUGCCCUGGCCACCGGCAUCUACUAUAUCGCGAAGAAGCAGUAUGGCGGCGGGAUCGUGUUCCUGCUGUUCGGCGUCUUCGCCAUCGUCUGCUUCAUUAGCUGGAUCCCGCGGAUUCCGUUCACUGCGUUUAUGCUGCAGACCACCAUGGACGUCGCGCGCGGCUACGGCCAUGUAUUCCUGGUCAGCGCACUGGGUGGCAUCGUCACAGUGGCCUUUGCGGCGUGGUUCUCGGUGACGUUGGUCGCCAUCUACGUGGCCUACGAGCCAAAUUCCAGUGGAAUCAACCCGUCCUGCCAGAACGGGGGCUGCAGCACCGCCAAAGUGAUCGGCCUGACCGUCUACGCGACCUUCGCCAUGUACUGGGUCAGCGAGUGGAUCAAGAAUACCGUGCACUCGACCAUCGCCGGUGUCUACGGAUCAUGGUAUUUCUGGAGCAAGUCUGCUGGCGGCAUGCCCAAGGGCUCGACGCGCGGCGCGUUCCGGCGCGCGACCACCUACUCGUUCGGCAGUAUCAGUUUCGGUAGCUUGAUCAUCGCGCUGAUUAACAUGCUCCGCCAGGCGUGCUCGGUUGCGCAGCGCCAGGAGGCCGGGCAGGGCAAUCUGGUCGGCAGUAUCUUCAUUUGGAUCCUCGGCUGCGUGAUCUCGCUGCUGGACUGGCUGGUCACGCUGUUCAACCGCUACGCCUUCUGCCACAUCGCCCUUUACGGCAAGGCGUAUAUCCCCGCCGCCAAGGAUACCUGGAAGAUGAUGCGCGACCGCGGCAUUGAUGCCCUCGUGCAAGACUGUCUGAUGGGCCCGGUCUUGACGAUGGGCUCCGUGUUCGUCUCGUAUGUCUGCGCCCUGCUGGCCUAUCUGUACCUGCAGUUCACUAAGCCUGCCUACAACGCUGACGGCACAUUCACUCCUGUUAUCAUGGCCUUUGCGUUCGUCAUUGGCUUGCAGGUCUGCCAGGUCUUCAUGACGCCCAUCGGCAGCGGCGUCGAGACCAUCUUCGUGGCUAUGGGCUGGGAUCCCCAGGUCAUGAUCAACGAUCAUCCCGAAAUCUACUACAAGCUUGUCCAGCUGUACCCGCGUGUGCAGCAGGCGAUCCAUGCUUAG